GGUUCAAUGAAAACUCCUCCGACACUCCGGCGUUCUCCGUUCGUUCCGAUCUACAUUUUGUUAUUAUUGUACUGCCAUAAUAUAACAGCCGCGUGUCGUCGCGUCCGAAUUUCACGUACGUCGCGAGUAUAUCCACAACACUACUACAGCAGGAAACAGCAGGCGAUCGCCGUCAAACCUCCGACGACUCUCCGCAACACGUGCCGCGCCGCUGUAUCUCUGUCAGUCCGCGAUAACCGUACAACGCGAUAGGUGUUGUUAUAAUAAUAUCACGACAUUGCAACACUACCGUAAUAGCACAGUACACUGUAUUAUAGCAUUACGACAAUAAUCAGUUCGACGCGAUUUUCGUUUCCGUACGCCGCCGCCUUUUUUCUCCGUCGGAUCAUUCGAAUUUUUCGCCGGAUUUCUAUUCCCCAUCGACCCGUCUACAAGUCGUUCAACACGAAUAUAUUUCCCGGCAAAAUACAAUAUCAUUACCGGAUAGCGGCCAGUGACGACUACCGGUGCCGCGGUGUAUAAUAAUAAUAAUAAUAAUAAUAAUAAUAAUUAUAAUAACAUACAACGACGGUGCUCGUUCGCGUAAUAGGCAGGUCCAUCCAUCGCCGCCGACGGCGGUCGUGUGUCCGACGCGAGGAAAACGCGUAUACAACACAGUGUCGUGUAAAGGCACUUUGCCUGUUAAACACGGUGCACAGAAAAAAUAGUAACGACCGCGUCGACCGCGGUCCGUCUAAAAAUCGGAUUCGCGCUGUCUAACGUUUGCGCGCGCAAAUGAAAUGCAACAACUUAUAUUUGGAAACGCUAGGUACGGUCUUUGCGGCUUUGGUCUUCUGAUCAUUUCAUACGCUUUGUUCUUCUUCGACCCGGUAGAAAUCAUCAAAUCAGCGAAAUUGAAAUUUGUCGAAGGAUCGUAUGCAUUUCAGCUGUGGCAAAAACCUCCGGUUAAAGUUUACGUCAACGUGUAUAUAUUUAACGUGACUAACGCUGAUAGAUUUUUGGCGGGUGAAGACGAAAAACUGGAUGUCAAAGAAAUAGGCCCAUAUGUUUAUUGGGAGGAGUUGGAAAACACGAACACUACGUUUCACAGCAAUGACACUAUAACAUAUAUCCCGAGGAGGAAACUGCACUUCGAACUUAAAUCGUCCGUUGGAGAUCCCGAGAAGGAUCGCAUCGUCGUUCCUAACAUCCCCUUAUUGGGAUUCAGUUCGAUGCUCCGGAGUUCACCGAUGUUCGUAAACGUAGUGUUCAAUUCGUUGGUCGAAUACCAGGAUUCACAGCCGAUACUCAACCUGUCUGUAAACGAAUUCCUAUGGGGAUAUGAUGACAGGUUAGUGAAGAUGGCCAGCAGUGUGCUACCCACGUGGAUCAAUUUUUCAAAAUUUGGGCUACUCGAUCGGAUGUUGGAUGAAGGAACCAAUGUCGUCACAAUGACUGUGCCAUCGAAACGACAAACAAAACGUCCCUAUACAAUAGAUAACUUCAAUGGAUCGCCGAUUUUACACCAAUGGGCCAAUGCUGAUGCACCUAAUGAGAUGAAUAAAUGUUCGUUGAAUUCAUCAUCGGAGGGAUUACUGUUCCCAAGGCACUUGACCAAAGACAUGCAUUUCCCAAUUUAUCGAAAAGCCUUCUGCCGAACAUUGCCUUUGACAUACAACUCUACCAGCGAUAUGCCCAUUGGGUAUCCCACUGUUUAUUUGUACAAGUUUUUUCCUGAUGUUUUUAAUUCUUCUCUGGAUGAUAAUAAAUGUUAUUGCCCGCAAGAUGGGUGCUUGCUUCCCGGACUGUCAGAUAUAUCGCCGUGCUAUUACAAUAUACCAGUGGCAGUGUCGUUUCCACAUUUUUACGGCGGCGACCCGGCGUUGUUGGACAAUGUCAAUGGAAUUGCUCCCAACAUGGAAAAACAUCAAUCCGUAGUUGCCGUACAACCGGAUCUCGGUAUACCGCUGGCCGUGGACAUUAAAAUUCAGUUGAACUUAAUCAUAAAGGCUACGAGGUACGUAAACCGCGCCAAGAAGUUCAAUGGAUUGACGUUGCCAAUAUGUUGGUUGCAUUUGGAAGUGAAGAGUCUGCCGAGCUCGUUGAACGCGUUGCUUUACCUGUGCUUCAACGUCGGACCAGUACUGCUGAAGGCGGUGGUCGCGCUGACGGCUGCCGUGGGCUUUUUCCUGGUCGGCCUGGCCGUCAAACGGUUCGGCCGAGGCCAGCAGAAGCAGAAGCAUCUCGUCAACGGGUCCGCGACCGGAGAUCACGAGAACGGACGUGGCAGAGGCUGCGAAGACGACGACGACGACAACUACGAAGACGGCGGCAGCGGUGGCGGUGCAGAGUCCGGCGGGCUGAUCGUCAAGUGCGGGCCCGCGACCGGACGGUACCGCGACAAAUCGUACUUGCCGCUGCACUGCGUCACCGUUUCCGGGUCGCCGUCGGUAGUCGUCGACUUCGAUCACUCGCAGGACUACGCGAGAGGUCGAUGACGAUGAGACACGGUAUAUCGUAAUAACAGUGGUAAUACACUGCCACCUAUUUACGUGCACAACGAUGUUACGUACCGUUACUGUAAUAUUAUUUCCACCGUUGUCGUUAUUAUAUUGUAUUGCCUUCACACGCGCCUUAUGUACGCACGUUGUCCCGUGAUGUAUAUGUUAUAAUAUUUAUUCAUCAUCAUUAUUAUUAUUAUUAUUAUUAUUAUUAUUAUUAUUAUUAUUGUUGUUGUUGUUGUUGUCAUACCGCAUUAUAUUAUUGUGUACGUCUACACGACUCGGGAGCCAGACUGUAUCAAGUCACCAGGUUACCUAGCCAAACCCGACCUACGUUUACGUGUAUCGUGUGUGUAUUGUGUAUAUAGAUCUAUCUGGUAGCGGAGCGUAAGCCGUAUAUUCUCUUCUAUAGCGUAUGGAGUGUGUGUCGAGCGCGAUAUCCCGCUAAGAUAAUAUGUCACCGAUAUACCUGCCGAUCUUACAUCUACCCCGUCUUAUUUUCAGUUCGAUUUAGUGCAGCGUAGUGCGCGAGAAAACUACGUAUCUCAAAUAGUAGCACACAAUAUACUGUUAUUGUGUGAGUAGUCAUACUCGACGUGUCGUGAAUUUAUGUUUGAAAAUCAUGUCGGGGGGAGGGGGUAUAAUCGACUGUUGGCGCUGUCCCGGCCGCUCCGGGUGACCGCGUUCGACUCGACGUUGUAGUUAAAAGCGUAUAAUCAUAUCCAAUAUAUUAUAAUAGGUAGGCGCGCGUAAUGAUCGAGGUUUCGGGAAUUUUUUUUUUUGAAAUAUGUUGUUUACUUGCAUACUUUUCCACAUCACAUAUUACUAUCGUCAUGAACUUGAUACAACGUAUUUCGUUUUCUCCAUUGUUUCCGUCCAUCACUCGUGCGAUUUCUGCAGUUUUAUAGAUAUUUUUUGCCCCGACGGAAAAGCUCGUUUAUGUUUCGAAUAAUCCGAGCACAGCAUAAUACCAUACUUAUUAUUACUAAGUCGCCUAUUCGUAUAUACCCACAUGCCCUACGACUGCAGUACGUGCACGAGCGACUAAUCACGCACAAUUAUACGCUGCAAGUGAAUAUAAUACGCGGCUUAAUAUCGAGUGCAAAACCGUAACAUGAUAUUCAUGACCGUUGCGCGCGAGCUUCUUCUAAAUACAAUAUCGGAGAAUGUAAUCGCGUACCCAAGUCCAAUCUCCGACCUGACCUCCCACCCGCUGUCCGAUAAUAUUAAUUUUAUACAUUUUAUCAGCGACAUUAAUUUUCUCGUAUUGACAGCGUUCGCAUAAACUCAGAAUAAGCUGUCGUACAUAAAACGCCCCGUUCCGUUCGGGUCGGGCGUCCUAGGGAAAAAGCCAGGAAAUUAUUACAUUAUGUGUCGGUAAAAAAAUUCGGCAGAGCAAUAUUACAUCAUAAUUAUUAUACAUUAGUAGGCGAAUACUGCUCCUGAUACGCAUAGAUUUCGAUAUCAGAUCUAUGACCCGUACAUGUGUGUGUGUGUGUGUGUUCCCCGAUGAGAUUACGAUUAAAAGGGGCGUGGUUACAACCCAAACCCCGGGUUGACACUGAAAUGACGUCGCCCCAAUAGUAUAUAUAUAUAUACAAUACACGGUUUCUUUUUUAUUUUUGGACUUUGACGAUCGAAUCCGCCUGCAAACGGUGAAAUAAUUCAUUUCCGUUUCUGGGGACGUCGAGGUAUACAUAAAACAUGUAUAGGUACUAUAAAUUCAACGGAAUCACCGCCUCCGACGCAUGCCAUGUACGGACGAUCGAAGUUACACACGCCAAAAAACUAUUUAUACAUAUUAUAUAAAUGUAUAAUAUACCAAACACCUAUAUAAACUUACUUCGUCGAGGAAUGUUUUCACGUCGUGAGGGAUUUAUCGAAAAGUUUUGGAACAUCACCUCCGUGCAUAAUGCUACCUUCGUACUACAAAUGGUUAGAAAAAAAUACGUUUAGCUCGUUUACCUUGUAUUUGAAUUAAAUAAACAUAAAUUACAUAAAUAUAUUUAACUCGACUUGUAUGAUAUAGUAAUUAUUGUAUAAAACCCGUGUGUUUUUAAGCAAUGUACUUACCUGGAAUUGAUAAAUAUUUUUGUGGCAACUGCAUAAAUAAAAUAUAAUGUGCGUGUGU